AUGAAGUACUUGGCUGCUUACUUGUUGUUGGUUCAGGGUGGUAACACCUCUCCUUCCGCCUCGGACAUCUCCUCUUUGUUGGAGUCUGUUGGUGUCGAAGUCGACGAAUCCAGAAUCUCCACCUUGUUGGGUGAAUUGGAGGGCAAGACCAUUGAGGACUUGGUUGCCGAGGGUAACACCAAGUUGGCUUCCGUUCCAUCUGGUGGUGCUGCUGUUUCUUCUGGCUCUGCUGCUUCUUCCGGUGCUGCCGCUGAGGAGGCUGCUGAGGAGAAGGAGGAAGAGGCCAAGGAGGAGUCUGACGACGACAUGGGUUUCGGUUUGUUCGACUAA